UCAUGAUUACCUCUACUAUGAAUGCAAUCUUCAUGACCGCCGAUGGAAGGCAGGUGACUCAGCGAGUUAUUCCCGGGAAAGCACCACGCACACUGCGGAGGGAAUGUGGGCAACAGCGGAGAUGGCUGGAGAGAAUCCUUAGUAAUUCAUACUUUAUGCCACCAUUCCCUUACCAACGGCGGGAGUCAAGAACAGCCAGCUCGAGCCUCGAGGGCUACCCCCACCUGUAUACAAGCGAACAGUGGGUGGCAUCAUCGUGGUACCUACUCCGACCCAUAUCCCCGAGCUACUAAACCCGUUCUACCACCAAACCAUAGCGACCACCGCGUUCAACUUGCCAAAACGGUUACUCUGUUUGCUCCAUGAAACAUUUCUCCGUCACCACCGAGUGCUUAGGUGUGUUGCGCCUGAUCGGGGUUUGAUCUCUCCCCGAGGAAGUAGGGGCAGCGGAGGAGCCUCACUUGAGCCCCACGUUGUACGGCUGACCACAUCUAUGUCGAGAUAAAUUCGACGCGAGUGACACUUAGGGGUAGGCCUGUUGGCGUCGUCGACUACUUGGAUACGCAAGCUGUAUUGUCUAUAUAAGUAGCGGCAUACAUCUCCCCCCAUCGAGCUCGACGACCUCUUCCCCAUUCUCCAAGUUUCAGUAGCACAUAACACAUACAGCCAGCAUGUCCACAGCAGUUGAUCUCUCGCUCGCCACUCGGCCAAGUGAUGCCGAUGCUGUGCCGGGCUUGAUCGAGGAUCUUACCUCUCUCAAUGGAAACUGGACAGAAGACGAUGAGGAGACGCGCCACAAGAUGGUUAUCAAGGCACGGAGUCUUCUCCAGUCUCUCAUGACACCCCGCGAGCAAAUGUUGCAACAUACAUGGGCUGAUCCCGGACUUGAUGCUGCUUUGACCACCGGUGUUGAUGUCGGUCUUUGGAAGCUCAUGGUCAAGAAUGGCGUUGAUGCCGUUCACAAGGUUGACCAUCUUGCUAGGUCUUUGGGCAUGGAUCCCGAACUUCUCGGCCGCCUGUUGCGCCAUGUGUGCGCCAUGGGCCAUCUUGUGGAGGUUGCUCAGGAUGAGUACAAGCUCACAAGCUUUACCAAAUCGAUGAGCCUCGAUGUCAUCGGCGACAGUUAUGUUUGCCUACUCGGUGGCAUCGGCCGCAGCCCAAUCGACUUUUACAAGUUCCUUCGCGAGACCAACUGGCAAAAUCCCGUCGAUGCCGCCCACACGGCGUUCCAUGUGUCAUACAACAGCGACGUGCCAAACUGCAUGGUGUAUCUCGGGUCCAUCGGCAUGGGUCCUCAGAUGAACCACCAUAUGGGCGGUUACAGGCAGGGCCGCUUGCCGUGGCAUCAUCCCAAGAUCUAUCCUGUAGAGAAGGAAUUGUUCCCCGGUACCGAUGCUUCGUCCGAUGCGCCGCUGGUUGUCGACGUUGCUGGCGGCCUCGGCCAUGACAUCGACGAAUUCAAGAGAAACUACCCCAACCAUCCCGGCAAACUGAUCCUACAAGAUCGUCCGACUGUCAUCGAAGACAUCAAAGACAUCGAUCCCACGAUCCAGCGCAUGCCCCACGACUUCCUGACCGAGCAGCCCAUCAAGGGAGCCAGGGCCUACUUUAUGCACUCCAUCCUGCACGACUGGCCUGAUGAUGUCUGCCAGAAGAUCCUCGCCCGUCUGGCGGAGGCGAUGAAGCCCGGAUACAGCAAGUUGCUCAUAUUCGAAUGCGUGAUCCCGCGAACCGGUGCCUAUUGGGAAGCAACCGCGGGUGACAUGCUGAUGAUGACGCAGCUGUCGGCUUGCGAGCGGACAGAAGACCAGUGGCAUCAACUCAUCGAGGGCAGCGGUUUGGGCCUCAAGAUCGUCAAGUUCUGGUCGAGUGGACUUUCUGCUGUUGAGAAUGUCAUUGAGUGCGAGUUGGCGUAAGUAGGUAGCUACAUCGGUCGGACGGAAGGUAAUCUGGUAAUAUUUAAUCCUCUCACGAUAUCCUGACUCGAUCAGAUCAGCAUGUCAACGCGCUCAGUGCUCUGUUCUGUUUCAAUGUUCCGCUAUGACCACCCGCCCAAUCUUCAGUCCUGCUUGUUCACUUUCCGGAUCUGACCUCCGACUAUCAAAUGAGAUCAUGUCAAAGCGCUCCGUAUAUUCCCAAUCUCCAACACGGCCAACCGUG